AUGCCCGUCGCCGUCCCCCUGUCAAGCUACGAGCACGUCCCCGAGACCAAGGAGGCGCUCGACUGGGCCGACUUGCCCACGAUCGACCUCUCGCUCAAUGCCACCGAGAAAGGCCGCGCACAGCUCGCAGACACCCUCAUCGAGGCCCUCCGCACCAAGGGCUUCUUCUACGUCACCAACUUUGGCAUCUCGCAGGCCGAGGUCGACAGCCAGUUCGCUAUCGGCGAGCAGUUCUACACCCUCCCGCUUGAGGAGAAGCUGCGCUACGUGCCCGACCUCGAGAACGGCGAGUACAAUGGCUACCGGCCUGCGGGGCGGCGUGUGCUCAGCUCCGGCGUGCAGGACAAGAUCGAGGUGUACAACAUUCCCAAGCCCGAAGUCCCCCAGUCCUUCCCUCCCCUCAUCGAAGGCCACCUGCCCGAGAUCCGCGCGUUCCAGGAGAAGCUGCACGAGCGCGUACUCCACCCGCUCCUGACGCUACUCGCUUCCGCCCUCGAGCUGCCAGCCGACACGCUCACCAACCUGCAUCAGUGGGACAAGCGGGCCGAGGACCACCUCCGGUACAUGAAGUACAGCCGGUACGAUGCGGCGGAGUACGAGAAGCUCGAGGCCGGCGACGGGCUGUACGUGACCGGGCACACCGACCUGGGCUCUCUCACGCUCCUCUUCCGGCAGCCGGUGGCGGGGUUGCAGAUCCGGGACCACGAGACAGGCUCGUGGAAGUGGGCCAAGCCUCUCGACGCGAGUCUGACAGUCAAUGCAUGCGACGCGCUGUCGUUCCUCACGGGCGGAUACGUCCGCAGCACCAUCCACCGCGUGCAUGUCCCGCCGAAGGACCAGCGCGACGUCGACCGACUCGGACUGCUGUACUUUGCCCGUCCGAACCAGGGUGUCGUGCUCAAGACGCUCGACAGCCCCGUGCUCGCCCGCGAGGGGUUCACGGCCAACGAGUUUGAGCGCGCGGGCAAGCCGGCACCCACGAUCGACGAGUUCACCGUUGCCAAGCAGGCAUGGCAGCAGAGUAAGAGCACCGUGUUCCGCGCCAAGGAGGGCCAGGAGAUCCUCUCGGGCUUCAAGGGCCAGUACUAUGACUAG